UUGAAAAUUAUGAAAGAAAACAAAAAAGACUUACAAAAAAAAAUGAAUUAACUGCAGAUGAAUAUCAAGUAAUCAUUACCAAAACAUUAAUAGAUAUUAAAAAAUAUCUAUCAUAUUAUAAAAAACAUUUAACUGAUUACUCAUUUCCUGCAUCUGAUUAUAGUUUGGUUGAAGAUACUAAAGAAUAUA